AUGAUUUCUCAGCAACACAGCCAAUACAGCGGUUACACCAACCAGCAACAAGCGCCACCAAUUGGUGCCUAUGGAUUCGUACCCCAACCGGAUGCCCAUCAACAAUCCCAAAACAUGUACCACACAUGGGAUAUCCCCAACUUUCCAAGCAUGAACAGCGGGGGAAUAUAUCGCAAAGUCUUCUGCCCGAUUGAGGAUGCCGUUAGGACGGGUAUGAGGCAGCUAGUGGAACAACAGCUGCAACAACAUUACGCUUCGGCAAGAUACAGCAACAGCACUGAAUCGCAAAUGUACUCUGGCUAUCCACCAACCAGUAUCUACAAUAACGGAUAUGGAUACAAUUAUGGCUCCUCUCAAUACCAAUACCCAGGAUAUCAAAACAUGUACGCCAACAGGAAUGAGGUCUCGUCCUAUUAUCAUUACAACAACUACGGUUCAGCACAACAACCACAUCACCGCAUGGACCAAAUGACUUACGACUUUUCGAAUCUGGCUUUUCGAAGAACACCAGGAGCCAGACGGCCCGCGCGAGAUAUCUCCGUCAACUCCCUUCUCAACCCACCCCCGGAAGAGGAGAUGAAAAGUCCAUCCCCAAUCCGAAUCCUCAGUCCCACCGCGCAACUUCUUCAACUCCAAGUUGAACAAGAAGAAGAACAACGACGACAACAACAAGAACAACAACAACAACAAACAAGAGACAAAGGAAAAGGAAAGGAGCCAAUACCCAUCCACCAAGAAACCCAAUCCACAUCCUACGUCCAACAACAACAAUAUUCGCAUUAUCCGGGACAGUAUUCGCAACAUCCACCAUCACUCGAACAACAACCCCCUCCUCACAACUUCACACCUACUUUCCUCCAAUACUCAAAACAACAAUACACGCAAUACCCACCAUACCCCCCACCCAGAGAAGAUCCAUCUCAACUCUGCGCACUCCUCGAUCACCAAUGGGCACAACGCCACUCUCGCGUAAAGUCACCAGAAGAGGUCCAUGAAGACACAGGAGAUCACCAAUGGGCACAACACCACUCUCGCGUAAAGUUACCAGAAGAGGUCCACGAAGACACAACCGGGGACCACAUCGCAGAGACUAAAUCUAUGAGUCUCCUCACGCAGGGAUUUCUCGACGGUCCACCAAUCGCGGAUUUGGGGGCCCGAGCGAGGAUGGAGUGUUGGGGACAGGAGGGACCGCCGAGUGAGGCGCCGAAGACGGAUAAUUUCCAUGGGGAGCUGCUGGAUGUGCAGAUUGAGGAGAGGAAGUAUGGGCAGGUGAGGUUUGAUGGGUUGUGA